UGUAAGUAAAGCAGAAUGGUUUUGAGAACAAAAGAUUAAAUUUCCUUGACACAGUCUUCAGUUUGGUUGAGCUUCAUCUUCGUUUUGUUCUUCACCUUUAAAAUAGCGGUUUUGAGUAUAGGGUCCUUCUAAUUACUUAUCACAAAAAUGUCAAAUUAAAGAUCACAUAAAUAAUUCUUCACAACGACAUUAUUUUGGGCGAUGUUGUUAUGAUCUGUUUGGGUGGUUGUGACUUGUGACUUUUGUUGUAACAGAGUUGGUUGCUGAGCCAAACGCAGCUAGCAAAAUACCUGCUCUUAUCAUCUAAUUUCUGACGUUUCUCAAUUACUUGUUUACCAUAUUUCCCUGACUCUUCAUUUUGGUUUAUGAUUUUAAUCUCAUCAAUUUCAAAAUGAAGAUUCUGGGUGAAGGGUCUCUUCAACUUGUCUGUGCAUUAGUGAUUUUACUGCAUAUGCAAUCUUCCAUUGGAAUCAGUUCAACAGCUGCUGGUGAUGAAGUUAGGUGCAUAGAGAGCGAAAGACAAGUGCUUCUGGCAUUUAAGCAAGGUCUGGUUGACGAAUAUGGCAGGCUUUCCUCAUGGGGCAGUGAAGAAGAGAGAAAGGAUUGUUGCAAAUGGGAAGCAGUUCAAUGUAGCAACACAACUGGGCACAUCAUUGUGCUUAAUCUAACUACAGCGCAUGAGUAUGGUUCUUAUCCUCAUGACUUGAGAGGUAACCUUAGUCCUUCCCUAUUUGAGUUGCAGCAUUUAACUUAUUUAGGCCUUGCUGGAAUUGAUUUCAACUUUAGUCACAUUCCGGAGUCUAUCGGCUCCCUCAACAAAAUACAACAUCUUGAUCUCAGUUAUUGUCAAUUAAGUGGAUCUCUUCCUAGCCAGCUUGCAAACCUCACGAGUUUGCAAUAUCUUGAUCUUAGCUCUAAUAACUUCAACAAUGUCAAAAAUCUUGAAUGGCUCUCUUAUCUUUCUUCUUUGAAACACAUUGUUUUGGACGGCAGUGACCUUGGAAAGGUAAAUAACUGGCCGCAGCUGAUUAAUAAACUCCCUCAUCUAGCUUACCUGUCUCUAAGGGGAUGUAAUCUUCAAGAUGUCAUUCCUAAGUCAAUCCCCAUGAUGAAUUCUUCUACUUUUCUCACCGAGCUUGAUCUAGGUUACAACAAUUUGACUGCCUCCACAUUCCACUGGUUGUUUAAAUUCAUUAAGAGCCUUGUUUCUCUUGCCUUCGACAGUACUCAUUUUCAAGGUUUGAUUCCAGAGAAUCUCGGUCACAUGACUUAUCUGAAAACCCUAUAUCUCUCCUACAACCAAUUGGAAGGAGGGAUUCCCAAAUCCUUUGGGAACCUGUGCAAUUUAAGGUUACUACACCUAUCUAGUAACCAUCUUGACGGAAUGCUUCCUGAACUCAUUGGUAACUUAUCUGGUUGUCUACAAGUCUCCUUGGAAGAAUUGCAUUUGGCUCAAAAUAAAAUUAAGGGACCCUUGCCUGAAAUGAUAAAAAACUUCUCGUCACUGCGAUUGUUGUCUCUUUCCAGCAAUCAACUAACUGGUACUGUGCCCAAAUGUAUUGGACUCCUGUCAAACCUUGAGGAGAUAUAUAUUUCUUUCAAUCCUUUGAAUGGGACGAUCAGUGAAUCACACUUUUCAACACUAUCUAAGUUACAGUCGUUGGGCAUGUCUUCUAGUUCUUUGAGCAUCAACUUUAGCAAUGACUGGAUUCACCCAUUCCAGUUGGAUUUUAUAAGACUUGGGUCGUGCAAGUUGGGCCCAAAGUUUCCAAGUUGGUUAAAGUCCCAGAGAAAAUUUUCUUUUCUUGAUAUCUCUGCAAGUGGGAUUUCAGAUAGCAUCCCAGAGUGGUUUUGGAACCUAUCUUCUAGACUAGUUCAUGUGAAUCUUUCUUCCAACAAUAUCUAUGGAAUUUUGCCAGAUUUGUCAACAAAAUUUUGGUAUUCUCAUCACCCUGGGAUAGAUUUGAGUACAAACAAGUUGGAGGGUCCAUUGCCAGUAUUCCCUGUUAAUGUCACAUCCAUAAACCUAUCAAAAAAUAGGUUCUCUGGGUUAAUUUCUUCUCUUUGUACUAUAACUGGCGGGAAACUCUUGUUCCUUGAUGUUUCGCACAAUCAACUAUCUGGAGAGUUUCCUGAUUGCAUAACACAAUGGACAAGUCUAGAGAUUCUGAAUUUGGCUAAUAAUCAUUUAUUUGGGAAAAUUCCAAACUCUAUUGGAUCUUUGUAUUAUCUUGAAUCGUUGGCUUUGCAAAACAACAGUUUCUCCGGAGAAAUACCUCAGUCUCUAGGAAAUUGCAGUGCCUUGCAAUUUCUGGACUUGAAUUAUAAUAACUUCUCUGGGAAAAUACCAACCUGGAUUGGAGAAAGUCUAAGUUCACUAAUUUUCCUUUUUCUGAGAUCCAAUAAUUUCAGUGGAGACAUCCCCUUGCAGCUAUGCUGGUUGACAGAAAUUAAGGUGCUAGACCUCUCCAACAACAAUCUAUCUGGAAACAUACCAUGGUGCAUCCAGAAUCUGACUGCAUUAGCUCAAAAGGAGAGUUUAACCAUUGAUCAUUUUUUUGCAGUUCCAUAUAUUAGUAAUAAUAACUUUUACCCGGCAUACUAUGUUGACAAAGCAUCUGUAAUGUGGAAAGGAAUGGAGCGUGAUUAUGAGAAUGGAAAUCUCGAGAAUUUGAGGAUUAUUGAUCUUUCAAGUAACAAAUUAACAGGGGAGAUUCCAGUCCAGAUAUCUGUUCUCUUGGAACUGGUUGAAUUGAACUUAUCAAAAAAUCAGUUGACGGGACGGAUUCCUUCAAACAUUGGGCAGAUGAGACAGUUAGAAUCACUUGACUUAUCAUGGAACCAGCUUUCAGGUCAGCUUCCUUGGAGUAUCUCCCAAUUAAAUUUUCUUAGCAUCUUGAACCUGUCGUAUAACAACUUUUCUGGGAGAAUCCCAUCUGGACCCCAAAUACAAACAUUUAAUGCUUCUUCAUUUGUCGGUAAUCCUGCACUCUGUGGGCUUCCUCUAACAUCAACUUGCCCGGAAGAUGAAAAAUCAGAGGGCAAACCAAAAGACAGAGACAUAGCUGAAUUCUGGAAAUGGUUUAAACCGGGUGUGGAACUUGGAGCGGCCGUCGGCUUCGUGGGAGUUCUGGCUGUGAAGUUAGAUCAUCCAUGGAAACAUCUCUGUUUCCUGUUGUUCAACAACGUGAAGGUCCGCCUUAGCAACUUGAAGGACUGCCUUUAUUUACUUGUAGCAACAGUUGGUUUGCUGGUGAGAGAGCAUGUAUCCAGAUUGGGAAGAAAGUUGAAGUUGUUCGAGCCAUCAGUCUCUUUCUAGAGGCCGGUAAAGGUCGAUACACAUUUAUUCUAAUUUUGUAUUACAUCUUCAUCACUUGAUCAUGAAAAAAAAAAAAGAAUAACAGAGCAAAUAACCUCUUAUUUGUUGUUUUUCAGGUUCAAGAUGUUUCGUGUUGCAAAGUGAACUUCCAGGAUGUCUUCUCCUCUUUCCGGAUCGAUAAGUCCAAGCUGAGCAGGGCAUUGUUUCUUUGUGUCUGGUUGAAAUGUCUGUUUAAAUUAAAUGGUUUGCGCUUGU